UCAAGAGGACUUUGCUAAGGUCCUUUGCAACCAUGGUGAAGUCUAAAAGAGUGCAUGUGCUCCUGAUCCUGGUAGUUCUAUCCUUCCUCCUGAUCCACUUCCUGCCCUGCAGCAACAAUGCCCCCAUGGAAGAAAAACCUUCUCCAGUCCACAUCCUCAUUCUCUCCACCUGGCGAUCAGGAUCUUCCUUCACUGGACAAAUCUUCAGCCAGCACCCCAGCGUUUUCUACCUGAUGGAGCCCGCAUGGCAUGUCUGGGUUAAGAUGUCCCAGAACAGUGCCAAAGUCUUACACAUGGCAGUGCGGGACUUAGUUAGGUCGGUCUUUCUGUGUGACAUGUCUGUAUUUGAUGCUUACAUGUCUAGCCAGAAGAAAAAGUCCGAUUUAUUUCAAUGGGAGACAAGCCGAGCCUUGUGCUCCCCACCUGCCUGCGACUUGUUCAGUCGCACUGACAUAAUCACUGCAGGCAAUUGCAAAAGGAUCUGUAGCAAGUACCCAUUCAGCAAGGUGGAGGAAGCUUGUAAAACCUACAGCCAUGUUGCCAUCAAGGAGGUUCGAUUCUUUGACCUGAAAGUCCUUUACCCCCUUCUCACUGAUCCAUCCCUGAACAUCAAAAUUAUUCACUUGGUCCGUGAUCCCCGGGCUGUGUUCAGGUCCCGCGAGAAGACAGCGGCAGACCUGAAACGUGACAGUAACAUUAUUGUGGGGUCUCAGAGGACAAAGGGUGAAAUGGGGCCCUACAACACAAUGCAAGUAAUUUGCAGAAGUCAUGUUGAGAUUUAUAAGGCAGGAAUUCAGGCCACUCCCAGCUUCCUGAAAGACAGAUACUUGCUGGUUCGCUAUGAAGACAUUGUCAGAGACCCUCUGGCAAGGGCUGCUCAGAUGUACAGGUUUGCAGAACUACAUUUCACACCAGAACUUCAGAAGUGGGUGCACAACAUCACUCAUGGGAAGGGUCUCGGAGCACAGGCCUUUGUAAUUGGGUCCAGAGAUGCACAGAGAGUAUCUCAGGCCUGGAGGGAGACACUUCCCUUCCAGAAAAUAGAAAAAGUGCAAAAAGUGUGCAAGGAUGCAAUGGACUUGCUGGGCUAUCGGCUCGUUCAGUCUGAAGAAGAGCAAAAAAAUAUGUCACUGGAUCUUUUGUUUGCCCAGAACUCCUCUGAGUAUCAAACUCUGAAGGCAGAACAGCUGGUGUCUGUACCUACUCUCUGAAGACUGCCGAGGGCAGAACUGUCCACUAGAACAAAAGAGGACAGAGGUGCAGGCAUAGAAGCGUAAGAGCAUGUGCAUGGAUAUGCAUGGUUGCAAGGACAGGUAACAUAGGAAUCCUGACUGCAUUCACAAGAGCUCUCAGCAGCACAGGGUCACACUCUCUAAGGCCCCCUGGAGA